ACUCCUCCCCCAGCCUCGGCCUCGGCCUCUCGCUCGCUCCCGCGGCGCAGAAAGCCAGACCCGGAGCGCGCACGCUGCCGCCGCGGCUCCCUGCAGCUGCUUGGCCCGGUCGGCUCCGCUCGGCGAGGCCCGCUCCCCCGCCCGAGGAUCUUUCCGGCUCGCCGUCCCUCUCGGUCUGCCCGCCUGGGAGGAAGGCAGGAAAGCGGUGGCGGGGAGGGGCCGCAGCGCCCCGCAAGGACCGGCUCCGACCCUCGUUGAGCUCGCGCCUCCUGGACCAGGCGACCCCCCCACCGUCACCCCCCUCCGGAUCCCACAGCAGAAAAUGAUGCAUCCUGUUGCAAGUGGUAACUCCCCUUUCUGUGGGACUGGAAAAACUUCUUGCCUUAAUGAUGACAAUGGGACACCCACCGAUCAGUUUGAUUUAUAUUCCACGCAGCAAACCAAGUAUAGCCACACAGUUGGGCACAAGCCAAUACCAUGCCAGAGACAAGAUGCAUUAAAUGAACCACAUUUGCAGACAACAAGUAGCAGAAAUAUAGAGACGAAAGAUGAACUAAAAAAAAAGAAAAAUCUCAACAGAUCUGGAAAACGUGGAAGACCUUCAGGGACCACAAAAUCAGCGGGGUACAGAACGAGCACAGGUAGACCGCUGGGGACCACCAAAGCAGCCGGAUUUAAGACAAGUCCAGGUAGACCCUUGGGUACAACUAAAGCCGCAGGAUACAAAGUCAGCCCAGGGAGACCUCCAGGUAGCAUUAAGGCUCUAUCACGGCUUCCAAAUCUAAGUUAUACUUGUAGCAGUGCGGCUUUUCCUUACUCUGUGGUGCAUAACAGAGGAGUACAUGCUACUGGUGAAACAAGUAGCAAAAUCAAGCAACCCACUGAAUAAUAUAUAUAGGUAGAUAACAUUUCUUCAGUAAUCAUUCUUAAAUUAUCUGAGUUGUGGCAUGUUUUUUUCACUUCUUUUGUAACUUUUUCACAACUUCCUUUCUUAUUUUUUUUAAAGAUGACAUAUCAUAACCAUAUAAUGUUUCUUUGUUUACAAGUGGAAUCUUCAGUGAUGCCCUUGUGUAUUUUCAAAAAGUAAUUGCAAAUAUUCUGAGUGACAGAAAUUAUUGUCCAGUCAUUUUAGUUGAGGAGCUAUUAGUUCAAAUAGCAAAUUUCCAGCUCCUAGUUUAUUGAAGGUCACUAUAAAAACUUGAUCAAAGUAAAUCAGAGUAGACUAAUGGGAACCAAUCAUUCAGGACUGUCUUACAAAUAAGAGUAGUUCUAUAAAUUUUGCAAUGUAUGUGUUUCUUUUUUUCUGUCUUCUUUAAAUAGGAAUGAGUAGAAAUGAAAUUUUUCCACAAUUGCUGGAAGUUAACACGGACCUCAAAACUUGUAGAUAUUUCAAAACUUCGAAACUAUAUUUUUAAGAAGUUAUCAUUCCAGGCAGUCAUUGCAUUGAAGUGCUAUCAGUUACAAGUAAUUCAAAUACUUCGUUAAAGAAAUAGUUCAUAUGCAGCACCUGAUAUAUAUUCUAAGUGCUACUUUGCCAUUACAGUAUGGUAUCUCUCCUGGAAGUGCUAACUGUUGCACACUGGCUUACAGUUUAUAAAGCCUAAGACUACACACACCAAAUUAUAAAUAAUUAAAUAUCUGAAAUGUUUUAUAAAUAAGUUCUAAAAAGUGCCAUCAAAUAAGCAUUUAAUGAGCAUAACGAAGAUUAUGUCUGAGAUUUUGUUCCCUUAUCAGUCCAAUUAAUUUGAGUGAUCUAUAGCAUAAGCAAAGGUGUAGAUUUGCCCUGUAUUUUUCAAAAUCUGUCAAGAAACAUACAAGUUCUAAAUGACUACAGAAUCUGCGUAGUUGACAGCAUUUUUAAAAGAAUUUAAAUUAUUUGGUGUAAUUGAAAAUUGUACUUUUCAGAUAGGUGAUCUUCCCAUUUUUAAAGUAAUUUUGUCAGUAUAAAACUUGCUAUUCAUACAUUCUGGAGCUAAGUGAGCAUAUAUUUACCAAAGGAAGACAUUUCAUGGUUCAUAAUUGGAAAUGAUACAGAUGAUGCACAAGCAAGUUGUGAUUUGAUGUGUUUAUAGACACCCAGAUAUAUAACAGACCUUAGGAAUAUAUCUAUGCAUGGAGGUGCAGAAUGAUAAAUUCAAUUUCUGAUUUUUGUGCACCUAAAAUAAAUGUUCUGCAUUGAGCUGGGUAUGUGUUGUUAUUUUUAAGAACGUAUGUGAGUAUGUAUGUAUGUGUGUGUGUGAGAGAGAGAGAGAGAGAAAAAUAGAAAGAGACAGACUGUAAGUACAGUAUUAUACAAGUUGCAUUGUAAUUGAUCAGAAAACACUCAAUAUUGAAUAUAUUUCAAAUAUUUCUUUUGAACUAAAGCUAUUCUGAAACUAAGUUUACAUUUAGUUAAAUUUUUAAAUUUUUUAUUUUCAGAUUCACUUGAGAGAGGUUAUAAAUAUUUGCAACUUUAAUUUGGAACAGAUCUCUUUCACAUUAAUUAAAAAUGAAAAUUAACAGUAUUUUUUUUUUUUUUGAUAAGAUCAGUGUUGUGGCCUGCUGACAUUUUGAUGACAGCUCUGAUUUUAGUAAUGACAACUUAAAAAAUAGAUGUCAUUUCAUACAUUUUUCAUCAGGAAAAAAGCAGCAAGCCUUCAGGUGUUCCAGUGAUGCCUAAUUCAUAAUACGCUGGACUUUAUCCCAUAUUUUAUAAUAGUGUGUUGAAUUGCUUUGAGGGGACUUUGUACACACUGGCAACCAUGAACCUCAACAGUACUGGAAGGCUUUUUAGUCAUGUAAACUAAUGGCAGCUAAACUGCUACUAAAUUGUUUUGUCUUAUUUUGCUGAAGCUAUGAAGCUCAUAUGUUUCCUCAAGAAACUUUGGAAGUGUCAGGUUUUUUACUAAUUUUCGGAGGUGCACAAUGCUAAUGUGAGCUAAUCCUCCCUCAGGACUUACAUUGUACUGCCUGUUUUGUUAGACUUUUUCCCCCAAAGGCUGCUUGGAGAGUGGCUGAAUGUAAAAUCUACAAGAAUGGCACACCCUUAUGGCAAGGUACAAAUUUAUUGCAUGCCACCAGUGUAUUUUUGAUUAACUAUAUUUCUUACCUCCUGUUUUUCUCAUGCUACCUUUUUUUUAACUUCUCACAAAUGAGUUUAUUCAAUGAUGCCAUACAGUGUAUUGGGAGGUAAGGCAGAUGCAUUAUUGCUGUAGUGUAAUGAAUUAUGUAUUCUGAGAAAAUGUAUACUGAGAAAAUAAGCAAUUUAUGCUCAUUUAUAAAGCUAUUAAUUAUAUCUGAUGGAAAACACAUCCAUUAAAAAGACUAGUACAGUUAAAAAUAAGCAGAAAGGGCAGUUAAACAUUCAUUGGAUUUGUUAACAAGGCCAGGAGAGCACUGUUGGACAUUUCUUGAUUCCAAUUGAUUUUAUCUUCUACUGCAGUUCAUAAGGGCCAUGGUAUGGAGAAAACAAGUCAACGAUUUGAGAUGUUUGAAUGAUAAAUUCAAAUAUUUUUGCUACUGCUGUAUAUAAUCUGAAUACAUUGUGCUUUUUUGGUACACUAUCUCUUGUCAUGAUGAACACUGCAACAGCAUGUUAAUUCCUAUGCUUUGAUAUUACUGGGAAGGAAAAGGAAGAAUGUCCUUUCUUUCAAUAGUAUUAAUACAUGAUUUGUAAAGGAAAUGAUAAUUUUAUAUUCUCUAAAUUAAUUGUACUCUACACAAGCUAGGAUUGUUAAUGUGUAUUCACACUGCUCAAAACAUCUACAUGUUGAACUUGUGCUUUAUCUUUCUUUUGGUUAAAUAUAGAUAUUUGUUGUAUCUUUUGAUAAAUAAAUAAUUAAGCAUUAAUAGGGACCUAUACUACUUAAAAGACAGAAAAAAAUUGCUGUUUACUUUCUAAUUAACUUUACAUAAACUAUAGAACCAAAUAACUUUACUACUAUUUUUUAAGUCUUGCACUGGAUAUGUUCAAAAUUAUUGUAUAGGUAGUACUUUCUAAAUAUAGCUUUGUCUACUACACCAAGGAUCGCUUGUGUUUCAUAACUUUUUAAGGUAAACUGUUACUAUCAGGAUCUUUGUUCUGCAUUGGGCCAUUUUUAGGAAGUUACACAUUUUCUUUUUGUCUCACAACAAACCCAGGAAAGUAAUGUAUAUGGGAUGGGAAAUUCCAUGAUCGACAAGGCAGGAAGGAUUACUGUCAGGGCAUUAAAAGAAUUUGAAAGGCAAGAACUUUCAGAACAAGAACUAUACAAUUAUUUCCUAAGUUGUCAUUCUGCUUUAUAUCACUGUACAUACAGUGCAGCAUCAUGCAAUUUACUAAAUACAAACAGUUGCUUGCAAUCAAAGCUUUUGGACUUGCUUAUAUUCAAAUGCUUUUUAUUAUGCAUAUAUUAAAUAUAGUUCAUUAUUAUAAUGAAAAUAUUAGAACAAGCCCUUCCUUUUGGUCUCCUCUCCCAAAUAGAUAAAUUUAAGUUCUGCAAUAUGUAAUCAAUUUCAUCUUGAAAAUUAUAAUAACAUUAUAACAUUUUUUUAAAAAAUCUAUAUUUAAAUAGGCUAUUUUAAGAUUUUCACUUUCACAAUUUGCUUUUCCAUGGACAAGUUAUUUUAUUAGAAAAAAAUCAUUAAUAUCAUCCUGUCUUCUGGUGUAAAAAGUCUGAUUAGAUAACUGUGUUUGUUCUUACAUCCAUGAACCUCAGCUACUCAUGUGCAAUUGUCUGUAUGGGAAUGGAGUAGUGUUCAUGAACUGUACUUAUGUCAUCAUUUGGAUGUAUAUUUAUUAAUAAAGUAAUUACUUUAAACACAAAA